CGCCCCGCGCCCGUCACGCGCCGCGCGGGUUCCGGGUGCGGGCGGCGCGCGCAGAGCUCCCGUGGUGGGGCCGGCCGGGCGCGUCCCCCCGAUGCGGGCAGGAGCCGGCGCUGGGCCAUGAGCAACGCCACGGCGCCCACGGCCCCGGGCGCGGCGGGGGACUCGCUGGUGGGCUCCGUGCUGGGGCCCUUCCUCCUCCUCACCCUCCUCGGCGCCCUCCUGGCCGCGGUGAUGUACGUGAAGAAGAAGCGCAGGUCCGACCGGCUGCGGCACCGGCUGCUGCCCAUGUACAGCUACGACCCGGCUGAGGAGCCGCCCGAGUCCGAGCAGGAGCUGCUGGUGGAGGCUGAGGAGGCUCAGGUGGUGCCCGGCUGGGGGGGACCCGCGCCCCCUUGGCCCCCGCGCCGGGACUGGAGGGCCUGACCCUGCGUGGAGCACCGGGACCGGAUCCUGCCCGCGGGAGGGAAGGGAGCACGGGGGCAGCACUGGUUCCAUCACCCAGAACGGGCAGGACCUGCCCACAGUGGUGCCAUGAUGCCACAGCCGCUGCCCCCACCUCUGAGCACUGACCAGGAUGGGACAUCUCCUACCUCAGUGCCUGGUUUUGCCAUUUUUGGGUGGUUUUUUUGCUUGAACUGCUCCAGCAGCCCCUUGGAAAGCCCAGGAGGGCCCACUGGGGCUGGCAGACUGGCAGGGAGCAGCAGGUUCUGCUGGCACGGGAUGCCUGGGGGAAAAUGGGGUAAAUAAACGUGUUUCUGCCUUGGUC